CGAGUUAAAGCAAACGUUUUCCGUGUUCCCGAGAACUGCAACCGAUAAGCCCAGGUGUGUAGUGUCCAAAUAUCAGAAUAGAUUGCCCGACGAACUGGAUGCCGCUUAGUGUCCAUCCAGAACACCCUGCUGAGACCACACAUACCUUAACCUUACCCAAUCGUGACCCUCCUCCGAAAGUCCGCGACAUGUACGCUGCUGUGAAGCCGCUGUCCAAGUAUUUGCGCUUGAAGUCGGUGCGCAUCUACGAUCCGAUCUUCACACUGCACUCCAAGUGCACUGUCGUCCUCCUGCUGACCUGCACCAUUCUGCUGUCGGCGAAGCAGUACUUCGGGGAACCGAUUCUGUGCAUCAGCUCCGAGAAGCAAACGGAAUACGUGCAGUCGUACUGCUGGACCAUGGGCACCUACAUCUUGCCGUCGGAGAGCGAGGUCCUGGGCAGCGGCAGUAGCUGGGACUUUUCCUCCUAUACCGGCGGGGACUACAAUAUGAGCAGCCUGCGGGCACUGAUGGCCAAGAACCAAUACUAUGCCCGGUUGCUGUCCAUUGCCGAGGGCGUCGGACCGGAAACGCGCGGGGUGACAAAGCGCUUGUAUCUCCGCUACUACCAGUGGGUCUUUAUGAUCCUGCUCUUCCAGUCGGUCCUAUUCUACUCGCCCUCGUACCUCUGGAAGGUGUGGGAGGGGCAGCGCAUGAAGCAGCUGUGCUGCGAGGUGGGCGACGCCCUCAUCCUGGAGACCACCUACCGCACACGCCUCAAGAUGCUAACCAAGUACUUCCAGGCCCAGUUCACUCCCAUCCACUGCUGCUACUCCUUGAAGUACGCCUUCUGCGAGCUGCUCAACUUCAUCAUCAGCCUGCUGAAUUUUUGGCUGAUGGACGUGGUAUUUAACGGGUUCUGGCACAAGUACAUCCACGCCCUGGCCGCCAUACCCGUUUACGACUGGAACCUGUGGAAUAUGAUGACGUCGCGCGUCUUCCCCAAGGUGGCCAAAUGUGAGAUGUUCACUUACGGGCCUAGCGGCACGCCCAAUAUCCUGGACAUUCUUUGCGUCCUUCCCCUAAAUAUCCUGAACGAGAAAAUCUUCGCCCUGCUGUACGUGUGGUUCCUGUUCAUUGCCAUGCUGGCGGGAAUCAAUCUCUGCUACCGCCUCCUCUUAUUCUGCUGCUCCGAGCUGCGCCUGCAGCUGCUGCGCACCCACCUGCGCGGCAUGCCAAAGUCCCAUGUGCGCGAGGUGCUGUCCACCGUCGGCUACGGCGACUGGUUCGUCCUCAUGUGCGUCAGCAUCAAUGUUAAUCCCUCGCUCUUUCGCGAUCUGUUCGAGCAGCUAUAUGCCAAGAGCAAGCAGUCAAGUUCCCAGGAUACCGAGGCACCGACGACAUUCCCGGAGCAGCAGCAGCAGCAGCAGCCACUGCACCUGCGCACCUCGUUUCAGGUGCACUCGAAAACCGAGGGCAGUUCCAGCCAGCAUCGCCACGUGGGCCUAGAUCCGAUGUCAGAUCGCCACAACAAUCGACGGGCGGAGGGAAUGCCCACUGCUCCGAACAUUCACCUGAUGGCGCCCAAUGACGAGAUCAUCAGCAUGGAUCGCUUCUAUCACGAGAGCCAGGCCUAG